AUGUAUGGUGCAGGAAUGAACAGCAGCCCGGCUAUGGCUCCUCUCUCACCAGGGCUAAGCGACACCCCGCCAAUGGCUUCCUUCUCUCCCAUGAGGACCACCUUUCAAUCUUUGGGGUCUUUGUCACCCGCCAUGUUUUCCUCCUCUCUUUCCAAGGGGUCGUCUUCCCAGGGCAAGCACGCCUCAAGCCCUCUGAAAUCCCCCUCCCCAUCCAUUAUGAGUUCCCCAAAGCUAUGGCAGAAAUCCUCCAUCUCGAGACUUGCAGAGGAGUUUUUCUGGAUCGGCGGCAGUGUGGUCGCACAGCCCAAAUGGAGACUUGGCCAGAUAGUGGAGAGGUGUAUGUGCACCAUGCAGACUGGGACCCAGAUGACCAAGCUGAAGGGGAAGAAGAGAGGGCUCAUCCGAUUCUUCUACCUGGACGAACACAAGUCCUGCAUACGAUGGCGGCCCUCCAGGAAACACGACAAGGCUAAAAUAACUAUUGACUCCAUCCAUGAAGUCUGUGAAGGGAAAAAGUCAGAGAUCUUUCAGCGCUAUGCAGAUAACCGCUUUGACCCCAACUGCUGCUUCAGUAUUUACCACGGGGACCGUGUGAAGUCUCUCGACCUGGUCUCCACCAAUGGGGAGGAGGCCCGCAACUGGAUUACUGGCCUAAAAUACCUUUUGGCUGGUAUCAGUGAUGAAGACAGCUUGGCCAGGAGGCAGCGCACCCGCGAUCAAUGGUUACAGCAGACCUUCUCAGAGGCAGACAAAAACGGGGACGGUACGCUGAGCAUUGGAGAAGUUCAUCAGCUGCUGCACAAACUGAAUGUUAAUUUACCCAAGCAGAAGGUCAGAGAGAUGUUUAAGGAAGCCGACACAGAUGAAAACCAGGGCUCGCUUGGAUUUGAGGAGUUUUGUUCUUUCUACAAGAUGAUGUCCACACGCAGAGAUCUCUACCUGUUAAUGAUCUCCUACAGCAAUCAAAAAGAAUUCAUGGAUCUAAACGACCUGGCCCGUUUUCUGGAAAACGAGCAGAAGAUGAGAGGCAUAACAAGAGAGCAUCUUGUUGAAAUAGUGGCUCAGUUUGAGCCAUGUCCCGAGAACCUACAGCGCAUGGUACUGGGAAUAGAUGGUUUUACCAAUUACAUGCGGAGUCCUGCAGGAGAUAUCUUCAACCCAGAGCACAACCGGGUGAACCAGGACAUGACCCAGCCCCUAUGCAACUACUAUAUUGCCUCGUCCCACAACACCUACCUGACAGGAGACCAGCUGCUCUCUCAGUCCAGGGUGGACAUGUACGCCUACGUCCUCCAGGCUGGCUGUCGCUGUGUGGAGGUGGAUUGUUGGGAUGGGCCAGAUGGCGAGCCCAUAAUACAUCAUGGCUACACCCUGACGUCGAAGAUCCUCUUCAAGGAUGUUGUGGAAACCAUCAAUAAAUAUGCCUUCACAAAAUCACAGUACCCGGUGAUCUUGUCCAUAGAGAACCACUGCACUGUGCCUCAGCAGAAGAAGAUGGCCCAGUAUCUAGAGGAAGUACUGAAGGACAAAUUAGACCUAUCGAACGUCAGCGCGAAUGAAUGCAAGAAGUUACCCUCCCCUGAGCUCCUGAAGGGAAAGAUUUUGGUCAAGGGGAAAAAGCUCCCAGCAAACCUUGAUGCUGAUAUAGAGGAAGGAGAUGUGUCUGAUGAAGACACCGGAGAGGAGGAAGAUGAGGAUAAUGAGGAAGAUGAUGACAUACAGGUAAACACAGUGCAGGAUGAGAAUGAAGCAACUGCUGCCACUCAGCAAAAAAAGAAGAAACGAAUAGCCAGAUCCAUCAUGAGGAGCUUCAAACGCAAGAGGAAAAAGAAAACCAGAGUGAAGAAGAGGACAACGUCGGAUGAGGAAUUGGAGCCAGGGUAUCAUAGCAGCAGCAAGGAGCGGACAAUUGUUUACCACACCAAGAAGAGGAAAACAAUGAGAUUAUCCCGAGCGCUGUCUGACCUGGUCAAGUAUACAAAAUCUGUCCGUGUCCAUGAUAUUGAAACACAAGCUUAUAUGACCAGCUGGCAGGUAUCUUCCCUCAACGAGAGUGUAAUGAGCCAGAUCUUACAGUUAAAGCCAGGUCAGUUGGUCCGUUUCAACCAGCGCCAACUUCUGCGGGUCUACCCUUCAAACUUCAGAGUAGACUCCAGCAACUUCAACCCACAGCCAUACUGGAAUGCAGGCUGCCAUAUGGUUGCAAUGAACUAUCAAACUGAAGGUCGUAUGCUUGAACUGAACCGAGCCAAGUUCUCAAGCAACGGCAAUUGUGGAUAUAUUCUGAAGCCUAAGUGCAUGUGUAAAGGUGCCUUUAACCCUAUGGUGGAGGAUCCUCUUCCAGGACAUAGAAAGACUCAGUUAGUUUUAAAAAUCAUCAGCGGACAGCAACUUCCCAAACCUAAAGACUCUAUGUUUGGUGACAGAGGAGAGAUUAUCGAUCCUUUUGUUGAAGUUGAGAUUAUCGGGUUGCUUUCUGACUGUUGCAAGGAGCAGACAAGGGUGGUGGAUGAUAAUGGUUUCAACCCAAUGUGGGAGGAAACGCUUGUUUUCAACAUUCAAAUGCCACAGAUAGCUCUGGUCCGUUUCCAGGUGUGGGAUCAUGAUCCCAUAGGACGAGAUUUUAUUGGACAGAGGACCGUUGCAUUCACCAGUAUGAUGCCAGGUUAUCGACACGUGUAUCUGGAGGGCAUGGAGGAGGCAUCCAUCUUUGUUCACGUUGCCAUGAAUGACAUAACAGGGAAGGUGAAGUCAACAAAUGCAGUGAAAGCGGCCAAGAGACAUAUCCAAAAAGCAGCCCAGAAGCAUAUCAAGGGGCAUCCAAAGCGCCCCUCUCUGGACCUUUCCAUCCAGUCCUUCGAGGAUGGACGGCCGCUGCGCUACCGCAUGGAAGUGGAUUCCUUCUCCCAGGACAGUCGGAAAGGGGAAAUCUCCUCUCUGGUGGUAGGGCCAGCAGCCAAGGCUGCCAUCCACAAAGGGGCUGUGAGUGAGCCCGUGAGGCGUGCCCACAGAGUUCAAAUUCAAGAGCCAGCACGGGCGAGGAAAGGAAUCUUCAGCCGGUUGUCAUCCACGGCCUCCAGCUCAGGGGUAAACAUCCAGUGCGUGAGAGGUGACAGCUCUGAACUUGAGAGCCCAUCUCCAGCUCCCUGUCACGGUAGCGCUGAUCCUGAAAGCCAAAUUCCAUUUGAAGCAGACUGGCCCGAGUUAGCGAAUCGGCUUGACUCCCCGAAGGCAAACUGGGCAGAACAGCAGAGCCCCAUUAAGACAUUUGAACCAGUGUGGCUCGAGCCACCUGCGCCUGAGGUUUUAGCAAUGGGACCUGAGCCAGACAAUGAAAUUGCCCUUGAACGUCAGUUAGCAUCAGAAACACUGAGUCAGGCUGAGCCGCUCCCAAAGUCAGAGCCCUCGGCCCGGCCUCUCCCCAAACGUGAAUCUAUUUCCGCCGCUCUCAUCCCCCCACCAUCACCUGCCAGGGUAAGGCGCACCUUGGAGGCUCUGGCCCACCUUCACACCCCCAGCCCCUCACGAACAAAGGCCCGUUCACGCAGUUGCCCGCGGAAACGGACUACCUCGCCGCACACACCAAUGGUGAACCGCAAACCUGCCUUCCACUGGCAGACAGCUUCUGGCUGUGGCACGGACAACAGACUAGUGAGGCCGAUACCGAAUGGCCUGUGUCUGUCUGACAGCAGCGAAAGCAGUGCAGACAGCCUGGAGCUUGUCCCCUCCCGUGUGCCAGUUGGCGCAGAGCAGCAUGAAGGCACCCUGCAGAGAGAGAUGAAUGCUCUUUUUGACCAGAAGAUGAAAGAGAUCCGCUGUAAAUCCCCACUUUUCUCCAAUGGUAAGUUGUAG